ACUUUCACCAACUAAUUUUAUUUGCAGUAUGUUUGGAAUGAGCCCAGCUGUGAGCAACAUAGUCAUCAUGUUGGCUAUGAUGCAAGUGUCCAGACGUUUGGACUUAGAAAAUCCCGACAUCUUGUUCUAUGUUAGAGUGAUUUAUAUCACCUUGCAAGCGUUGACUUUGGGAGUCUACUUAUUCACCAAGAUGAAAAUUAACGCCAAGAAUGAUUUGACCACCUUGAAAUACGUCGAGCCAGCUAAUCCUAUGUCUGGCCAAGGUGAAACUCCAGUCAUCACCACUGUCAAGGAAUAUGAUUUGAAACAAGUUGACACUCAAAUCAAGAGUGUUUUCCAAUCUUUGGCUAUGAUGGGUUUCAUGCACUUGUACAUGAAAUACACCAAUCCUUUGGUUAUGCAAUCCAUCUCCGGUUUGAAAGGUGCUUUGGAAGCUAACAUCGUGAAGAUCCAUUUGUUUGGUACUCCUGCCACUGGAGACUUGAAGAGACCUUUCAAGUCUGCUCCUGGUUUGUUGCAAGCUUUGUCUGGUGCUACCGCUGGUGAUGUCAAGACAGACAAACACUCUGUUGAAAGUGCUGAAAUCAGUGGAGCUGGUGGUAUUAAGGAAGAUUAGAUAUAGUGCGUUGUUAUGCUAUAUUCGCUUUUAUAAUAAUUCUAUGUACAUUGUUAAUGGCUUUCCGGUAGGUCUUAGGUCUUGACAAGAAUGCAUUCUUGCUUCUUGCCCCUGACAAAGCUGAUUGUAUCAAGAAGUCUGGCACUGAUUAUAAGCUGUUCAACCGUCCAUACACCUCUAUUGAAUACAUCGGGUGCCGUACUGGUUAAUGGUAUAACGAGGCUCUCGUAUAAUUCUUGAUAUUGAACGAUUUCUUCGGCAGUUAUUGUAUGUUCUUUGGUCAUUCUCUCAAAACUAUCAUGGAUCCAGUCAGGAAGAUAGUUUUCUUCUUCGUCAGCAUACU